UCUCUCUCUUCUCGUUUCCUCCAGAGUAAACCGAAAACCAAAAAAAACGAAGAACAAUCGCCCUCUCACUCUCCCGAUUCUCUACUUUGUUCUCUGUGCUCUCGGCUAGCUAAGGAGUCCGCUCGUUUCGUACUAAAUCAACCGAGAGGGUUUCGAUCCAGGCUUGUUUUCGGACGAGGGAAAAGAAGCAGUGAGGAGAUCGCCAGACCGAGGUACGAUUUAACCGUAGGCUCGGAUCUGGUUUCGUUUUUGGUUUAUCGGUUGUAUUUUUGGAUUUCUGGGUUCUAAUAUGUUUUUUUUUGGUUGGGCGGAGGAGAAGAAGGGAAUCUUUGGCGGCUAAGAUCCCUACCGACAAAAUUUCGCCGGCGAUGAGUUGACAACGGCGGCGGCAGGUUUUGAAAUUGACAGGACUGGGUUGCUUUUGCUGACUGGGCCUUCAAGUGGUGGACCAAGCUUGAUUCUUCAUUUGUAGAUAGAAAAUGUUUAUUUUCUUUCAAUUUGUAUUUGAGGAUUGUAAAUUUAAAUUCUGUUUGAAAAUUGUGACGAUGGUCCCAUUUGUCAUUGAUAUUCUUCUGAUAUUAUCAGACAUUUAAGAAAUCCUCUUUAAGAAAUCCUCUAGCACGAUUCCCAAACCAUGAAUAUACCAUCUCUCCUCGAUUCGGUCCCAUGAACCAAGUAUACUGUGUUACAUUUCUCGGUUGUAAGUGUAGGUUGA